UGGAGUCGUGAAAGAAGGGCAGGCGGGAGGGAAGUGCAAGCCAUCGAUCGAUGCAAUUCCGAGUCCGAGAGUAAAUAAAGGCCGCAUUUGUCGUACGCUGGGCGAGCGAGUGAGGAGUUAUCGUUUCGUCAGCUAGAAGGAUCGGUCGAGGGCGUGAGGGACGUGUCGCUUUUCCGUGACGGCUCGUUUGAUUCAACAGCGGCUCUCCGAAGAAGGACCAGGAUGGCAUUGCUACCGUCGGUUCGGCACGCCGUGAGAGCUGGGGUGCAGCGGUCGAGCAGUCUUAGGCAUGCCUGGUCUUCGUCAAUGAGCAGCGUAAGGCACUUCGCCUCUUCUGUGCCAGAUAAGGUCGAUUUUGACACGGACGUUAACUUGCAGAAGGCUCGGACUUGGGAUGAAGGCCUCAAGUCGAAUUUUGCGACCACCUCGAUGAAAGAGCUUUUCGGUGGGAAAAAGGUGGUGGUGUUCGGUCUUCCUGGGGCCUUCACGGGUGUGUGCUCGGCUCAGCAUGUUCCCAGUUACGUGAAGAGAGCUGACGAACUGAAGAGCAAAGGAGUAGAUAAAAUCGUCUGCGUAGCUGUUAAUGAUCCGUACUGUAUGAAGGGUUGGGCGAAGUCCCUUAAUGCCGAAGACAAGAUUGAGUUUUAUGGUGAUUUUGAUGGUCGAUUCAACAAAAUGCUUGGGCUGGAUAUGGAUCUCUCAUCUGGAUUGCUUGGCCAUAGAUCGAAGAGAUACUCCAUGCUAGUCGACGACGGCAAAAUCAACGUGCUAAAUGUUGAGGAAGUCCCGUCGAACUUUAAGGUGUCGGAUGCCGAUACGAUCCUGAAGAGUCUUGACUAGGACCUUGAAACUUGCAGUGUUAGAUGUGUUGCAGGACAGGUGGGUGGCGGCUAGCAGCCUAGCACGAGUGUUUUCAUCUGACUAUCCAGUUAAGCACGACUUCUUCAUGAACUCCUUCAUUUGUAAGCGAUGCCCCUCUGUCUGUCUGUGUUUGUUAAUGCGCAGGGUUCUGUGAAUACCCUUGUGCAUGUUGCAGAUGUGUUGAAAGAGUGCAUUUGGUCUACCAUUGUGGCUAUAUACAGCGGAGAGUGUUGGAGAUACACCAUGCAUGCAGUUCAUGCUCUGUGUCUGCUGUUAUUGUGUUACCACCGUCUGCACUCGAAUAGAACGCCUGGUCAUGAUAGCCUACGUACAGCGAUAAUGACCGGGUGUUGUAUUCGGCUGAAGAUGGCAGGAAAUAUGCAUUGUUCUCUCUCGUGGUUCGUGUUGCUCCCCACGAAUUAGAUUGGAGCCUUGUUCCCAUUAAAAAAAAGGUUCUUAAUUACUGCGAUUGUUUGUCACAAGUCAGCUCACAGUCAGCUUCUUCUUCUUCCUCCUCCACCUCUUCUUCUUCUUCUUCUUUUUCUUCUUCUUCUUCUUAUUCUUGUAGUCAGCAUCUGGGAUGAGGGCACUGUACAAAAUCUGCCGUGAUGUCGAAGAGGGUCACUGCCAUGAUGUCAAAGAGGGUCACAGAAUCUUCGUCGGAACCAUCAGUACAUACGCGAUCCCCUUUCGCCCAGUCUUCACUCGAAUAGAACGCCUGGUUAUUAUGGCUGCAUCUAGACUGAAAGUUGCCCCAAAUACGGCUAUAAUGACCAGGCGCUCUAUUCGGGUGAAGACGGUAGUGAAAUAAUUUAACCGUCAUCUAACUACCAGUUACGUUGUGUACUAUUUGCGCAUGCAUCUUUCCUUGUGGAAGAUUGUGAAAGUCCCGCAUGCAAGUUCAGCUACGCGACGGAGUGCUCUUUGGUCAGCCAGUUAAUUGUGCAUGUUUUAUCCCUUGCUGAAAAAUUUGCGCCCAAAGCCGGGUAAUGGCCCCGUAUCUCAACUUUCAUGGGACGUUGGGCCCAGUUCGACAGAGUGCGCUCUACAGUUAGCUAGACGAGACUCAAGGGGUCUGGCUCCACAGCUGUCGACUCUAGAAGUUUUUGGCAGUAGUUUGACAGUCGUCCAGCCUGCAAACUCUCUGGAAAUUCUAGAGACCCCAGGCUGAGGAAGUUGUGACAGCUCUCGAAAGGGGUUUUUGAGAGUCCCUUUGGAGAGUUGAGCGAAGGGUGGAGUCGAGAAUAGCGGAGCGAUGACCCAAUGUCCAUGGGCUCUGUUUCCUCCCAACUGCGGUUGCCCACAAGGCAUUAGAAUGCUGUGCUGUGCUCUGCUGUGCUUGAAGGAACUGCACAAAUGAGAAGCCAGCCUUGUGUCUUGAACAAUGGCUUUCAAGUUUCAACGUA